AUGUCGUGCAGGGGCGGAAAAUUGGUCUUCCAUGUUGCUGCAAGCUUGCUGUGCCUUCUUCCCGUCAUCAGAGGAAGCAAGGAGCGUGUGACCCCUGCAAUGGCUGUGCGUGAUCUGCCAACACUGUCCGACUUCCUGGAUGAGUACGAGGCAAAUGUUGUGGAUGGCACAGGCCAAACGGUGCUUCACUGGGCUGCAUCGGCCGGCAAGAUGGAUGCCAUCGAAUAUUCCCUGGAACAAGGCGCCUUGGUGGAUAAGUUGGACUUGGAGGGCAGAUCACCUCUACACAUCGCAGCACUCAGCGGGCACACCGAAGCGGUGCAGCGCUUGUUGGAUCGCGGAGCGGAUCCUGAGGCCAGAGAUGCCUCUGGAGCGACGCCUUUACAUCGUGCAGCCUUAGCCGGCUCGGCAGGCUGUGUGGCGCAACUUGCCCGAGCUGCUCCGGGCUUGGUGGACGUGCGUCAGUGCCAGGCUCAGAAACACAGCUGA